AUGAGAGCUUCACAAUGGACUUCCAUUCAGGGCACUAUCGAGAAGAGUCUCAGAGUGAACAACAAUGCAGCCUUGCCAAAGUCUGCAAAUUCGCUCGCCAAGGACCAGACUCUCGUCAAGGUUCACUAUGCCGCUCUCAACCCCGUCGACUACAAGCUGCCAGAAGCUCCCAUUGUCGGCAACUUGGCUAUCUCCAAGCCAGCAUCACCUUGUAUGGACUUCGCUGGCGUAGUCGUGAAGACCACGAGAAGCGAUUUGCAGCCUGGUCAAGCCGUUUUCGGCAAGACGGAGCCUCCUCUUUUCGGUGCUAUGGCCGAGUACCUGGUCGCUGGCCGUGAUGGAACUAUCGCUCUUCCUGAUGGCGUCAGAUCCGAGGAUGCCGCCUGCGUUGGUGUCGCUGGUUUGACCGCCUAUCAAUGCAUCGUCCCCAAUGUCAAGGCUGGAGACAAGAUUUUCAUCAACGGUGGAUCAGGAGGCACUGGCUCUUUCGGUAUCCAAUUUGCCAAGGCCAUGGGUUGUGAGGUCACAACGACAUGCUCUGGACCAAAUGUGGAACUCUGCAAGAGCCUGGGCGCCGACGAGGUAAUCGAUUACCGAACUCAAGACGUCCAUGAGAUAUUCCUACGCAGUGGUAGGCGCUUCGAUCUCAUCGUCGACUUUGUCGGCUCUCCAGAGCUGUAUUGGCAGGCUCACGACUGGUCCAAGGAAGGUGCGAAGGUCGUCAACGUUGGAGCAACUAUGAGCAUGGACUUCUUCCGUCGCCUACUACCCAUCUUCCUCCUGCCAAGAUUUCUAGGAGGCGGUAAGAUGAAGUACGAAUUUCUUACAUGUCACGCUAAAGAAGCCGACUUCAAGCAAAUUGGACAGUGGAUGGCCGAAGGGAAGGUCAAGCCUGUCAUCGCUGAGAUAUUCAGUCUUGAAGACGUACCGAAGGCUUUCGAAACACUCAAGACUGGCCGUGUCCGUGGCAAGUUGGUUGUCAAAGUUUCGAAUGAGUAA